CUGGACGACAUUCAGAAAGAAAAUGCGCGCUACAUCGCAUUGUUGAAAGCCAAUGACAUUUGCCUUUACGACGACCCCACCAUCCACUGGAAAGGGAAUCUCAAAAAUGCAAAAGUUUCCGUUGUGAUCCCCAGUGAUCAGGUGCAGAAGAACAUCAUUGUCUAUUCCAAUGGGAGUCAACUGGGUGGAAAUAACCAGGGGACAUCAGUCCAAGGAAUAACCUUUAACAUCAGUCAUAACUUACCAAAGCAAACGGCUAAUGUUGUCCCUGUCCAGAGAACUUGCAAUCUUGUCACUCCUGUCACCCUUUCUGGUAUCUACUCCACAGAAAUCAAGUCAGGGGUUGAGACGUCAGUUCCACCAUUGACGCCAGGUCUACCAAAUCUAGCCAAGAAAAUUCUCGAGCCCUCUACCUCUGAGAAUGAGCAGCGUGUGCUUAUGGCCACCAGUGCGGCUAGCUCCCAGAAUGCGUCAGAACCAGCAAAGAUGCCCCCUGAACUGCAGAACUCACUGCAAGGGGAGGUUGCCGCCACCAAACCUAAAAAUGGACAAGAGAGUUCCAGGUUACUCAAGGAAACCGGUGGGCCCAACAUCAGCCUUUCCUCCCGGGCUGAUACGGACGUACCAAAUACUGAACUAGCAGUGGUGACCUCUGAAGAGGAUUCAAGGAGUAUGUCCCAGGAAAGCUGUGGUGCUUCCGUACCCGAUCCCACCUGUAUUCCCUCCACCAGAUUGUCCGUUGUUGAUGGCUUUCCACCAGGAAGCGUCUGCAGAAGUCCACAUGGGAGAAGUGGCAGUGGAGUGCCUGCAACGUCUGCCGCGGAAGCGGCAAGGGCCGUCACCGAACUCAACCCUUUGCCUGCCACCACUUUAGAAAAGUGGCCGUUCCCCAGCUCUUCAGCCAUCGGCACUCCGGGCUCCAAAAACAUCGGUAGCCUGUCACGCAUCACCUCGGCGGGGAACACCCAGACGACAUGGACUACUUUGCAACUCGCGGGGAAUACCGUCCAGCCUCUAAACCACGCUCCAUCCAGCGUGAUGGCGGGCUUGUCAAACGAGCCAGUUCAUGCCGCCGGCGCGACAGCUUGCGUUCCUAACAGGUGCUCGGCCACCAGCGCUACUUUGAGCAAUCCUCCGCCUGUGGACGAGCAGACGCCUGAGCAGAUCGUGGUCACUUUGCCUUCCUGCCCAGCCUUACCUAUGCAGCCGCUAGUCGCAAAGACGCAGGUUCUCGCCCAGCUUGCAGGCAGCCUUCUCCCGUUGAAUCCAGCCAUGCAGGUGAUCCAGAUGGCCCAGCCCGUGGGCUCGGCUGUCGCCGCCCCGCCUGCCAAUCAAAACGUCAUCAUUCUCCAGCCCCCCAGUGCCGCCCCGUGCCCGCCCGUGUUG